AUUUCGUGUUCACUGCCAAAGAUGGUAGCAAUUGUUGUGUGAAUAUACAGUUAAGAGGUGCAGUUCAGUGAGCCGAAGAAGAGAGACCAAAUCAGUGUACAUUUCAAGUGCAAUCUGUAACUUUUCCACUUGAUCCAUAUUGCGGAAAAUGCACUGAGAAUGUGGAGAUUUAUCGUAAUUGCUGUGACACUCUUCAUCCAACACGUUCACGGGGUCAAUUUGGUGGCCUACAUCUCACAAUUCGGUCUCCACGGUGAGAUACACUUCUCCCUGUCCAGUGACUACAAGAGGAUUCAAAUUGAGACGCGACUGGAGACAACUCUUCAGUAUCCAGACCAAAUAUGGAGUUGGAGUAUUCAUUUGCUGCCCGUGGACUACAGUGAUCCCAAUCCAAGGCGUCGUUGCGAAGCCAAGAAGCUCGGAACGCAGAUCCUCUUCUUCGACGACGCUCUCGGAUACUUGACUCUACCCGGAAAUGAGACAUCCAAGUGGCAGACAGAGUUCCUGCUCACGGGAGAUCGAGGAUUGUGGGGAAAAUCCCUGCUUCUGAGCAAUCCCAACACCGGCUUCCGAAUCUGCGCCACGAUCACAACAAGAGAUCCAAGUCUUGAGCACAUUGCCGAAGCCAGAUUUAUCUCACCAAUUGCGGGAUCCGUCUACUUCCGAUGGUUGGCGGCCAAGGAGACAGAUCACGCAGAUACUCUCAUCUACUCCAAUCUCUAUCACAUCCAGGAACUGUCGAGAAAGACCGGAAACGCUCCGUUCACUCAGCAUAUCUGGAAGAUCUAUGUCACAGACAUUCUAAAUUCCGACAAUGAGCGCCUGGAGGAAAAUUGCAACAUUCUUCAGUUGGUUUUUGAUCCUGAAAAUCGCGGAAAUGGCAAAGGCAUUGGAGAUAUUGACUCACGAUUGGGCAAACUCAAGAUCGCCACAAAUCCUCAUGUCCAGGAACUGAGAGUGCUCUUCCGGGAUGACUCUUUGGUGCUUUUGCCUAGUGAUAUUGCUGGACCGCAAAGGCAACUCUACCUGGUUCUUUUCGACUCCAACAAUCCGGAAAAUUUCCUGGCUUGCGCAAAAAUUCGUCACGUGAAACCAAAGAAAUUAAAAACUUUCAUCAAUGGCGGUGGAAUCAAAGGAGAAAUCACGAUUAGUCAGAGAUCUCUAUUUGAUCCCACGUGGCUCAACUUCUCAAUGUCAUCAUCUAGCAAUGACUUGGAGUCGAAUCUCCUGUACGCGAGAAACGUCGCCAGCUUCAAGAUAACCACACUUCCGCCCACGCCAAUUGGAACUAAUCAAUCGACCUUCUGUCCAAGCGCUGGUCCUGUCUACAAUCCCCUAAAUUUGGACUUGAGUAUUCUGCCUCCGCCUGGCUUUGGAACCCAGGAACAGUACCCAGUCGGUGACUUGACAGGAAAACUGCAGAACCGUAGUCGCCUGGAAGAACACACAUUCUACAUCCCGGGCGCCAGUUCGGAACUCAGUGGAAUUUAUUGGGACGUGUUCCUGCCACUCGAUGGGCCAUACAGUAUUGCUCAUCGCGGAAUCAGUGUGCAGAAGUUCAACCGAACACAACCCAGCAAUAUCACAGAAGAUGUCUGGACUUGUGGCUUCCUGACUUACUACCAUCCGAUGAUGGAUAAGGUUCCUCUUCCCAUGACAACGGCCCAGAUUCUCUUCAACUACCCAAUUGUCGGGAGGAUUCUGCUGAGACAACCUCAGGACGAACCUCUCGAGGACACAAUCAUCAUAUUUGAAUAUCUCGUCCAUGCCGAUGGAGCGGCACUCAAUAGUACCGUUGGUCACCGAUGGGCCAUUCAUGAGCAAGCUCCUGGAAAGGAUUUCUACAAUUGGACAGGAAGAUGCCUCAGCACUGGAGAUGUUUACAAUCCAUACAAAGUAAACUUCAAUGAAAAAUCACCAGAGCUGACAUGCACUGGAAGACCAGGAAGUGUAUGUCGUCUUGGUGACUUGUGGAACCGCUUGGGCACACUCAAUAUAGCCGGAAGUAUCGCGGAAGCACAAACUUUCAGUCGGAAGCUGUUCAUUGAUCGAAACCUUCCUCUUACGGGCCACAACAACAUCAUGGGAAAGAGCCUUGUUAUCUACGACGAUUUUGGCCCAAAAGCCAGAGGAGAUAGACUUGCGUGCUCUAAAAUUGGAAGUCAAUUUCGACGGAAGGCUGUUGCACGCGAUUGGUAUUCAAAUGGCGAAUUAUUAUCUGUUGCUGGGAAAUUGGAGAUGAUACAACAAUCGGAGUACGAUGUUACUGGACUCAUAGUAGAGCUCAAAGGUUUGAGUGAGAAUAGCGGAUAUCAUGUUCAUAUGACUCCUGUGGAGAGUGACUUGGAGUUCCCUUGUGAGGAUUCGACCCUCUAUGGACAUUGGAAUCCUAGGCAAGUGGAUCCCAAAAUGUCUCCGCCACCCGCCAAAGGAAGUACAGAUCAGUAUGAAAUGGGAGAUUUCAGUGGGAAGUUUGGAACUCUUGACGAUCUCUAUCAGAAGAGCAGCUAUUACAAUGACACAUUGCUUCCCUUAUUUGGCUAUGAAAGCGUUGUGGGACGAUCCAUAGUCAUCCACAAGAAGGAGAAGAAUCUCAGGUGGGCUUGCAGCACAAUUGAGAGAGGAUACAGUCCAUCGGAGGCCAGAGAAAUCCGCGCCAUCGCAUCUUUCCACCAUCCAGCUGGCUAUGCGUACGGAUACAUUCGUUUCACGCAACUCAUCAGUACGGAUGGAAGUCAGAGUGACACAAUCAUCGAGACGAAUCUUCAAUAUCCUGGGAAAAAUGAUAGGAAUGUUUCAUACAAUCACAACUGGAAAGUUUACGUUAAUCCUGUGGGUGUUGAUGCUGCUGUCCAGCAAGUUGCCACGAGAUGUGUCGCCGGAGGAUAUGUUUGGAAUCCUUACUACACCCAACUUGCAGAUCCUUUGAAUGAGGAACUCUAUCAGCAAGAGUGUGGACCCAACAAUCCUCUUCGGUGCUACGUUGGCGAUUUAUCAGCGCGUCUCGGACCGAUAGACGUUGGAAACCGUCGACAAGUCUUCACAGAUCCUAAUCUACCCCUCGAAGGUACAGAAACGGCAGUCGGACGAUCUGUUGUGAUUUUCGGACCGGAUCUGAGCAAAGAUAGAUUCGCUUGCGCGAAUAUUGAGGCGGAUCAUGACAUUGUCAAGUACAUAAAUAUUCAGAAACCACCGAGAUUUGUAGUGGCACAGUUCCUAGAAGAUGUUCGUCACGUGAUGGGUGUCCCUAAGUGGAUGCUGAGCAUCGAUUCUCGCAAAACAAAGGCACUCCACAGUGGUGCUUGUGUCCAAAUGAUCAUUCACUUCAAGGGUCCUGAAGCUCAUAAACUUGAACAGGAUUUCUCCAGAUUAAUUGGCUCAGGAAGACUCGAUGCACCUUCAAUAUACAUUCCUGGCUAUGUCAACACCCGACGAAAGAAGACUCUUUCGUACAAAGUGUGCGGAGUUCGAGAUCCAAAUGAGAGAAAUGUUCGACCAGGAAAACUGCCUGAAAGCAGCCAGGGAAGGAAUUCGGGAGCAGCUCUCCUUUUGCUAUUAUGUGCAAUCAUUACAAGUAUCCACAGUAUUAGUUAGAGGUCAAUUAGUUGGUUUAGCAAGUUGAUGUGAUAGAAAGAAUUUAUGAAUAAACGAGAGGUUUGAUUUUAUGAA